AUGGAUCGUAUGUGUUCAAUACAAAAAGUCGUAGAAGAUUCGGAUAGAUUCGAUUCAUCUAAUCUGAUUCUGAAUGGUAAUGCUAAUUUAAGCGAAUGUGCUAAAGAUCUAGAAACUGCGUCAAAUGAUUAUCCUUACUGGCAAUACACUGAACCAAUUAUAGCCACUGUAAUUGAUUAUAACGCCUUUGCCUCGUUCAAUGAAACAUUAAGUAGUGACUGUGGAUUUUGGGGUGGAAAAGUCAAUGAUCCAAGUGGCGAUUUCUACUAG